AAGUUGUUUUGGUACGGCUCCGGUAAUAAAAACAAGCAGUCUAUACUUCCUACAUGUGAAUGGGUACUUUCGUAUCGUGUAAGAGGCCUUAUUGCGGGCAAGUAAAUAUUAAACAAGGGAACAGUGUUAAUCUUCUCGUCUAGAUGUUAAAUGAAGUAGUUAGUACUUAGUACUGAAUGAUUGAAAAAAAAGUUCUUAACAUAAGUAAUUGUGCUGCAACUCAAGCAAAACGUAAAAUUUUUUCACUAAUUUAAAUGCUACACGUGGACGUGAGGAAGAUGCUCCUUAAAAAUGACCCUUUCGAAAAAAAAUACAAAAAAUUUUUAGAUACUUCUUCGCAAAUACAUAGGAUGGAAAAAUAUAAAUUGUCUCUACCAAUAAAAGUGGCUGAUGGAAAAAUAAAAAAACAAUUUAUUAAGCCAACACUCACAGACAUUCAAUUGAGAAAUGAAAGUUUCUUUCCGUUUGAUGAUUCAUUAGGGUGUCUUCAAGGAAAAACAACCAUAUCGGAUGAUAAAUUAUCUUCGGAAUCCAUCAAAACUAUUCAUCUCUUGGUGUCUCGAGAAAAAAAGCUUAUUACUUUUCGAUACAACAUAGGCUCGCUUUGUACUGAAGUCAUUGCAGAUCCAUACAACAACAUAAGUAAUUUAUCAAUUCUAUUGAAGUUAAUGGAUGAAAGUCCAGAAACGCUUAUUACAAUUCGAAAAUUAGCAGCAGGCUCUUUAUUAGAAGUUUUUAAAGAUAUUUUGCCAUCUUUUUACAUUAAAUUGGGCUCAGAAACUGAUACAAAACUCAGAAAUAAAACUCUUAGCCUACACCAGUAUGAAGCAGCCCUACUUCGAUAUUACAAGCAAUAUUUAAAAAAGCUUGAAAAAAUAGCUAAUGCCUUGAAAAAAAAAGCAUGUGAAGUACAGUUAAGUGGUUCCUAUCUCAAUCUAGGUGCAUUCGCUGUCUGUUGUUUGUUAAACUUAUUGAGUUCAAGACCUGAUUUCAAUUUUUCAUCAAAUAUAGCCAAAUAUUUAAUACCUUUUUUGGAGUGUGAUUUUGAAGAAAUCAGAAAAAUCAUACACAAAAAUUUUAUUGCAAUUUGUGACCGUGACAAACGUGGUGAUGUGUCUCUUACG